CUAACACCCUUAGUAUGUAGUAUCCCCUCUGCUCCCAACCCAUUAUUCACCUCACUCCUGAGUUCCAAGUCUACUCCAAGUCUACCCUACUCUAGUCUACUUUACUGCACUGCAUUCUACUGCAUUUCACUUCACCUGACACUACUCACGCUCGAUUCCACAUCCGUGGAGGCAUGUGGUGUAUUCUUGAGGUAUUUUACGUGUCUUCUGUGUAGUCAUUCCUUUCAUUGUGUUCGGAAUAUCGCCCACCGACUUUCGUGCGACUUUCAAACCCCCGAUCCGCUACCUGUCUUAAUCAGUCUCCUUCUUCCUCUCGCAGAAAACCCCGGUGCCUAUUCAAGUGCUACUUGGUAGUCUCUGUCUUCUACAAGCGCGGCCAUGAGUGAUCGACAGUCAGCCCCCACACCCCCCCUCAGUCCACAUGCCCACGGGCUGCCUAUACUCAUCAUCGGCUCCGGCAGUACCGGCCUCGCCCUUGGGCAGGGUCUUGGGAAGGCCGGCAUUUCAUGCAUUAUAUUCGAGAAAGACUCUGCACUGGAGCGCAGUAGAGAUUGGAACAUGGGCCUACAUUGGGGCGCACCCAUUCUCAAAAGUCUGAUACCGGAAGACCGCUGGGCACGAAUCCAAUCCGUACAGGUUGACCCCCAUAACCCCACAAAGAACGAGGAUACGUUGGCUUUCAUCAAUGGAGCCACAGGUGAAGAGAUGGUCGCAUUCACGUUCGGUCCAUUCUAUCGCCUGAGAAGAAGUAAGCUUAGAUCGCUUCUGGCCCCAGGGUUGGAGAUCCGGCACAGUAAAACCCUCUGCAACGUCACGUAUGCCCACGAUGGCCAGUCCGUGACUGCCCAUUUCAAUGAUGGGACUUCAGCCACUGGCUGUAUGCUCGUUGGGGCAGAUGGCGCACGCUCAACCGUACGCCAAUUGCUCUUGGGCCCCACCAAGGGCGCUAUCAAUCGAAUACCGUACGCUGCAACAUUCGUGCAGCGAAGGUUCACCCGAGAACAGGCGCUCUAUCUUCGCAGCUUCCAUCCCUUGUUUCUCGCAUCGGCCCAUCCUGACAAGCACUUCGCCUUCUUCGGCAUGCAGGACGCCGCCGAUGCGGAUGACCCAACAUCAUGGACUUUCUUUUUCUACAUCUCAUGGCAGAGCAGUGUGGAAGAGCAGGAUGCCACUGCAGGCUGGACGGAUGCUCAACGUCUUGCUCAGCAGAAACAGUUCGCGAGGAAAUUCUGCGACCCCUGGAAGAGUGCAUACGAAUGGACGCCAGACAAUGCUCCUGUCUGGUACUUGGGGCUGACUGAUUGGGACCCCGGCCGCCAAGGCUAUCGCUGGGACAAUCACAGCGGACUCGUCACUAUGGUGGGCGAUGCAGUGCAUCCUAUGACAUACCAGAGAGGUCAAGGUCUUAAUCAUUCAAUUACCGACGCUGGAAAAUUGACAGAAAGUAUCGUGGAGAUCCAUCAAGGAGCAAAUCGCAAUGAAACCAUAGCUUCUUUUGAGAACGAGAUGAUUGAGCGAGGUGGGAAGGAGGUAAGAGAUGGUACUGCUAACACAAGACUGCUCCAUGAUUGGGCAAAGGUUCAACAGAGUCCGUUCUUCACCAAGGGGGUGACGAAGGACUGAAAAUGAGCUUAUGACGGUACACCCAAGCAGGCAAUAGUUCGAUGCCACAUGCCGGAGUCCUCAAUAUUGACCAAAGGCUGAGUCGGACGGGUAUACAACAUAGUAAUCCUCUUGCAGUUGCUCAAGGUGCCGCUUGGGGAAUGCACCAAAGCUAUUAUCUAAGAUUCUAGGUACCUAUGUACUUACAUGCCUACCCCGUAGGAACAACUUCGACCUUGGGACAGUUACUGUUAGUGUGACCUAUGCUGCUGCAUUGAUCAAUUCAGUUGCAAUCACCUUAGGUCAUAGAAACUUUUGUAUCGCGCUCUAAUGUCUAUGAAUUUCUACCAGCC